UAUGUACAUAUUACUGAUUCGAUCAAUCAUUUGUAUACAGACAGUGCACGCAGUUAGUAGUGUAAUUGUUUGGUGAAAAUAUAUAUAUAUUUAUAUUAUAUAUAUAUAUAUACGUAUAGUGUUCUAUUUAAACUAUUAUAUAAAUACAAAUAUUUAUUUUAUUUACAUUAUACAAUAAAUUAAUAAUUUCUUUAAACAAAAUGGAAUAUAAAUAUGCGUUAAAUAAAAGUGACAUUGACAGUAUUUGGAAUUUCAAAUCUAAGGAGGAAUACGUGGACAAAUGGUUCUUGAUGGAAUCCCCAAUACCCAUACUGGCGAUAUGGGUGGCCUAUAUACUGUUUGUGUUAAAAAUUGGUCCAGAAACGAUGAAGAAACGUCCCGCCUUCCAAUUGAGGAAUGUAAUCAUUCUAUACAAUGCAGUACAAGUGAUAGUUUCCAUCUUACUUUUUAAUUUGGGUAUGUCUAUAUUACAAGAUGUCGGAUACAUGCACGUGACUUGUCAACACGACGAUAAAACAGAAAGAAAACUAUCCUGGGCCAUCUACUUGUACUUCCUGUCGAAAUUAUCCGAGCUUCUCGAUACAAUUUUCUUCGUUCUUCGUAAGAAACAGAAUCAAGUGUCAUUCCUGCAUAUCUAUCACCACAGUAUCAUGUUGUGGUCGACAUGGUUCACGCUAAAGCUGGAGCCCUCCUAUUAUACGACCUUUUUGGGUACCCUGAACACGUUUGUACAUAUUAUUAUGUAUACAUACUACGGAUUGUCUGCAUUUCCGCCAAUAACCAAGUACCUGUGGUGGAAGAAGUACAUCACGUCUUUGCAAUUGAUACAAUUCGUCAUGAUCGUGAUACAUAUGGUCGCAAAUUACAUAACUACUGACUGCCCACCGUCAUCAAUAUUGUCAUCAGUAAUAUUGGUAAACGGUAUAUUCUUUAUAUAUCUCUUUGGAGACUUCUACAAGAAGUCAUACAAUAAAAAAACAAUACAAAAUGACAAUCAAUUAAACAAAUCCAACGAAACAACAGACGGCGUGAAUAAAAAACAUGAAAAUGGUAUAAUAUCGGAUAAUUUAACUAAAAGAAAUUCUAGUACCAAUUGUGGUAAAAUUGUAAAUUAAACACUCUGAACUUAUUAAAUUAAUUGUGAAAUUUUUUUCAGAAGACUUUACUAUUAGAUUUAUAUGUUAUAUUUAUUAACAAUACAUUAUAUGUAGUAAAAUUAAAAAUAGGGUUAGACGGAUGGAAUGUUAUGUGUUUAAUAGAUUUUUUAU